UUCAAGAGGUUUGCCUGGGGAUGGAUACUGUGGUGAUACUAGCUAGUGGCUUAUCGAUAAUCCUAGUUGCUAUCUUGUGGGUGCAAAAAAAAUUUGAUUAUUGGAGGAAAUUGGGAAUUCCCUACGAAGAACCGCACUUUUUUUACGGAAAUCUCAAAGGUGUUGGGCAAUAUGACCACGAUGGUCUAUUGACCCAGAAGUUUUAUAAAAAACAUAAGGGAAAAGGUCCAGUUGUUGGAGUCUACUUUUUCCUUAAACCAGUUGCAAUACUCCUUGAUAUUAAUAUUAUCAAGGACAUCUUAAUCAAAGAUUUUCCAAUUUUUCAUGACCGCGGUAUCUUUUACAAUGAAAGAGAUGACCCUCUCUCAGCGCAUUUGGUUAACCUGUCCGGAGAUAAGUGGAAAGAACUUCGAAAUAAAUUUUCACCAACGUUUUCAAGCGGAAAAAUGAAAAUGAUGUUCUCAACAAUGUUGGAAGUUGCAGUGAAAUUGGAAAAGAAAAUAGAUCAGGUUUGCAGGAGUGGAAAAGAAUUGGACAUAAAAAUGUUGAUGGCCCUAUUUACGGUGGAUGUCAUUGGGAGUUGCGCCUUUGGCUUGAAAACAAACAGUUUGGAAGAUGAAAAUAAUGAAUUUUUCCAUAUAGGAGUCAGCGUUUUCGAUAAACCUAGACAUGGAACAAGAGUCAUGUUUGUCCUUCAUGUUUUCCGGGAAUAUGCACGAAAGCUGCGCAUCAAACUUUUUCGGGAUGAGGUUACAAAAUUCUACUCGAGUAUUGUUCGUAGAACAAUUGACUAUCGACUGGCUAAUAAUGAAGAAAGAAAUGAUUUUAUGCAACUUUUGAUUGAGUUGCAUACGAAAAAGGGCAAGGAUAAUUUACCCUUCAAUGAUAUCGUAGCGCAGGCUUUUGUUUUUCACAUCGCUGGUUUUGAGACUUCCUCCGCGACUCUUCAGUUCUGCUUUUAUGAGCUUGCUUCUAACCCUGAUAUCCAGGAUAAGUUGAGACAUCACAUCAAUGAGGUAUUGGAAAAGCACGAUGGGAAGCUGACCUAUGAAGCUGUAAUGGACAUGAAGUAUCUUGAUCAAGUUAUAAAUGAAACUCUUCGGAAGAAUCCACCUUUCGGAAUGUUAUCCCGAGAAACCACUUUAAACUAUAAAAUUCCCGGCACGGAUUGCAUCCUUGAAAAAGGCACUAGUCUGCAUAUACCAAUCUACGCCAUACACCAUGAUCCUGAAUUUUAUCCAAAUCCAUCAAAGUUCAAUCCAGACAAUUUCUCUGAGGAAGCUGUGAAGAAUAGACAUCCAAUUGCCUUCCUCCCAUUUGGCGCAGGACACAGGGCUUGUAUAGGGGUUCGAUUCGGUAUGAUGCAAGUGAAACUAGGGGUUAUUAUCGGACUGCGAAAAUUCAAGUACACCUUGUCGCCAAAGACUAGACAACCGAUAAAGCUUCAAUCAAAAUUUUUUGUUGCACAACCUGAAGGAGGUAUCUGGUUGAAUAUUGAGUCAGUUGAUUGAAAGAUGGUCAGUGAUCCAAAGGAAAACUGCUGAUAUCUUGCCGGCGGAGCCUUUUAAAGCCGAAGAUGAGGCAGUUUUCUGGGAAUUUAAUAUUUUAUAGAAAAAAAAUAAAUUUUAUCCUUUUUAGUA